UAGUAACAGGCGUGCGCUGUUAGCGAUAGGUGGCCUUGUGCUUGACCAAUACCCGGUGCCAAGAAAUAGUAAAUAGUAGAUGAAUAAAUAGUAGCAGAAGCGGAACCAAAUAAUAGACGAAAAUAAUUGCGACAAAGGAUUUAGAAGACUAGAACUUGAAAGCUAAAAUGCAUAAACAAGUGCUCUGCGGUCUACUGGCACUGGCAGUGCUGGCGGCACAAGCGCCGGCAACCGAUGGCGCCAAAAUACUCGCCGUUUACUCAUUUCCGGGCAAGAGCCACUACAUGAUGCACCGUGUGCUGAUAAGCGAGCUAUUGAAGCACGGACAUGAGGUCACCAUGAUAACGGCACUCACGCUGGAACCAAAAAAAAUGGGCGCCAAUUACACGGAGAUACUCAUAGAGCCGGUUUAUGACUUUUGGACGGAAAUACACAACACAUUCGGCGGCAAAACGAUCUAUGACAUGCGCAAUGAAUUGGAUAUAUUCCUGAAUAUGGUUGUACUUCUCGGCCUCUCGACGACGGAGCAUGCACUCAAGCAGCCAAAAAUACAAGCGAUCAUCAACGCCAAAGAAACACAGGGUGUCUAUGAUCUCCUGCUGGUCGAACAAUUCUAUCAGGAUGCAUUCUCGGCCUUGGCACAUGUCUACAAUAUACCCGUUAUAAGUGUGGCCACAUUUGCACAACAAACAUUUAUGAGUGAAAUGUUUGGCAUUAUACAACCGUGGUCAUACGUGCCCCACGGCUAUCUACCGCUAACGGAACAUAUGAGCUUUUUCGAACGCGUCUACAACACGUACACCUCAUUGCGCACGGACUUGGACCGCGAGUUUAGGUAUUUUCCGAAAAUGGACGUACUGGUGCAGAAAUACUUCGGACACUUGCCAAUAAAAUUCCCCAGCACCUCCGAAAUGAAUAGAAAUCUCUCAGCCAUAUUGAUCAACAACUAUACGCCUUUGGCGUCAGCUGGACCCACGACGGACAACAUGAUCAAUGUCGGUGGCAUGCAUAUCUAUCCGCCAAAAGCAUUGCCCAGCGAUUUGCAGCAGUUCCUGGAUGAGGCCGAACAUGGCGCCAUCUACUUCAGUUUGGGCAGUCAAGUACAGAGCAAAGAUAUGCCUGUGGAGAAGUUACGCUUGUUCCUCAACGUAUUCGCUCAGCUGAAUCAGCGUGUGCUGUGGAAAUUUGAAAACGAUAGCCUUCCGGAUUUACCUUCGAAUGUUAUGGUGAAGAAAUGGCUGCCGCAGAGUGAUAUCUUGGCACAUCCUAAUGUGCGUGUUUUCAUUUCGCACGGCGGUCUCUUUGGCUCACAGGAAGCUGUCUACCAUGCCGUGCCCAUACUUGGUAUGCCCUUCUACUGCGAUCAACACCUCAAUUUGAAAAAAGCCGAGCACAAUGGUUAUGCCAUCAUGCUGGACUUCCAUACACUCACCAGUGAGCAGCUAAAGAAUGGCCUCCAACAAUUGGUGCACAACAACACAUAUCGCGACAAUAUCAAACGCUUCUCGAGCAUUUUCCACGAUCGUCCCAUGGGUCCACGUGAGACUGCGCUCUACUGGAUCGAUUACGUAAUACGCCAUAAGGGUGCGCGUCAUUUGCGCGCUGCCGGCUUGGACUUGAAGUGGUACCAAUUCUAUUUGCUGGACGUGAUCGCUCUGGUCGUAGCCGCCGUCGCUGUUGCUCUUGGAGUGCUUGUUCUGUUGGUGCGCUGGAUCUUGCGGCGAAUCAGCGGUGAACAGAUCAAGCAGAAAGUGAAUUAGUAUAAUGCUAUGAAUUGUUGUUGUUUUGAAAAAUUAUGUGGUUAUGUGUGAUUAGUUCUUUAAUAUGUUUGUAUGUAAGGCUCAAUUUGCGCUAAAUUAAAAUUUGUAAAGAGUAAAUAUUAGGAAAUCUCUUUGAA